CAAACAAAGACGUAAAGACAAUAAAAGAACAAAAGCACUUGAAGUCAUUAACCUGUUUUGCCGUGUUCACCCAGUUUAGAUGCAUUAAUUUUGCUUCGGCGCUUUGUCUAAUCAGAGGCGUAUUUCUGCAGUUGCCUUUUUGUGUGCGUUUUUCAAACAAAGACGUAAAGACAAUAAAAGAACAAAAGAGCUUUACUGUAUAUCCUUGGAUCUAUGCAAUGAUGAGUUUAAUGAUAUGGUGGUUAUUGUGGCUGUUAUUUGGUCAAGGAUUCACAAUGAAAAUGGGUUGGAAUGAAGAACUUGAGUUUUGUGAGGAAGAAUGGAAGAAAUUUGUGGCGGACAAAAUUGAAAUCGAUUCGAAAUGCAACAAUACUCGUACACGUUGUUGUGUUGAGGAGAAGAAAUAUCUUUUGGAGCGAUUUAAAAUGUUUAGUGAAAUAUGUCCUCUUGAAGGGACAUGUGGAUGCAGCCCGAUUAUUUUAAACUUUACUUUUGUGUCACACGUCAGUAUUCGUUAUCAUCGUCUUAUACGAAAAGCAAUAUCCGAAAAAAGGAAAGAACCAGAAAAUUUCACGUGUUCACAUAAGUUCAUAAAUGAAAGAGUAGAACAGCCGCCAUAUCGUAUACGUUAUGAUAGCUUUGGAAUCCGAAAAUACAAAUACCCUUACAAGUAUGUUUUAUACGGUGGAAAAAAUCACACUUGUUAUGUUGUCAUCAACGUGAACCAAAAACAAGAUAUGAAUGGAUUUUUCAUCAAACAUGUUCAGUCAGGAAAGUGUGUUGUGGAUAGUGUACCCCUUACCUUACUGCAUACAAUGUAUUGUUUUGAGGAGUCAGCUUAUUUCAAAUUUUUACAAUCUGGCUCCAUCAAUAGGUUGAAUACAACAAGGUGUCUUAUGAGUUACGGAUUUUAUGUAGACUUAUCUCAUGGAAAUUUUAAUGCAGAAUGCGGAGCCAUCAAUACCAUAACCCAGACAAAUUGGGGCUCAGUAACAUGUGAUGGAAAAAAUAUAUCGGACGUUAGUUGUUCUAAUAAUCAAUAUAUGGUGAUAAAAGUUGCAGAAUAUCGUGGAUUGAGAAACGGAAGCAUUUGUGGCUCAAGUUUUGAUUACAAUUGUAGUGUCGAUGUAACAUGUGACCUUAAAAAUUACUGUGAUGGUGAAAGAAAAUGUAAUGUAACUGUUGAUGAUAAUCAUUUCCCUUCAAAUAUUUGUCCUGGGUUGGAGAAAUAUCUUUACUUUGAAUAUCAAUGUAACUACACAAAUUAUAUUUUGCUUAUUAUUAAAGAGCUUCGGGACAAGUUUUGA